UAAAGUUACGCCAUGAGACCGAUUCUCCUCCAAGGCCACACGCGUUCCCUGACACAGAUCAAGUACAACCGCGAGGGUGAUUUGAUCUUCUCGGUCUCAAAAGACAAGGUUGUCAAUGUGUGGUAUUCUCACAAUGGCGAGCGCCUUGGUACCUACAGCGGUCAUCAAGGCAGUGUGUGGACAGUCGAUGUCAACUCUACCUCAACGAUGAUUGUCACUGGUUCCGCCGAUAACUCUGCCAAGCUGUGGGAUGUCCGAACAGGUCGUUGUCUCAAGACUUGGGAAUUCAAAACUGCAGUAAAGCGUGUUGAUUUUAACGAAGACGACACAAUGGUCCUGUGCGUUACUGAGGAACGUAUGGGUUUCUCUGGCACUGUUACUGUGUUGGCCGUCAACCCCAAUGUCGAGGCUUCUCAGUCAGAUGAGCCAAUCGCAACCAUCGUCAACACUGGUGGACCCAAGGCCGUUGUGGCUGGCUGGGGAAACUUGAACAAGUACAUCAUCAGCGGUCACGUCGACGGUUCUAUUAUCCAGUGGGACUGGAAGAACAACGAGAAGAACCUCUCUAUUAAGCCCCACAGUGACUUGAUCACCGAUAUUCAGUUCAGCCCCGAUCGCACUUACUUCAUCACCUCGUCCAAGGACAAGACCGCACAGAUCUUCGAGAGUGAAUCUCUUGCUCACAAGAAGACCUACACUACCGAUACUCCCCUCAACUCUGCAAGCUUCACACCAAAGUACCAGGAGUUUGUGAUUGUUGGUGGUGGUCAGGAUGCCAUGAGCGUCACCACAACCUCUGCCCGUGCUGGUAAGUUCGAGAGCAGAUUCUAUCACAAGAUUCUCGAAGAGGAAGUUGGUCGUGUACGUGGUCACUUCGGUCCUAUCAACACUAUUGCAGUUCACCCCGAUGGCAAGAGUUAUUCAAGCGGUGGUGAGGAUGGUUAUGUCCGUGUCCAUCACUUUGACCCCGAUUACUUCAAGUUUAAGAUUGAAUCUUAGAUUACUAUUUUUUUUCCCUUUUUUAAAAAAAAAUAUGGUGCAGACCCCUCUUUAACUGGUUACUGUUUUCAGUGCAGUCCACUUGUUCAUUAUCUCUUCUCGCCUUGUAUUAAACACGAUGCAUACAUCCUUUUUCUUUACUCUAUUUUCUUUAUAUUCUUGGGAAGUUUUAUUAUUUGGGUUUCUAGAGUUAUUUGAGUUGUUUUAUGUUGGACUUAUUAUAUAUAUAUAUAUAAAUAUGCAGUCAACAUG